UCAAUUUUUUUUUAUAGCUAAAGUUGGUCAUAUGUAGUUCCCCUUCUACAAAUUUUCAUCACUACUUUGUUAGCUUCUUUCCUCUUUCCUUUAUUUUCUUGAAAUCUCUAAAUUUUUAUUUCCACUGUUAAUCAAACUCACAUAUAUCCUCAUGUGGUUCAUAUCACUUCAUCUUCCCUUAAUUAAUCAAAGACGUUAACACUUCUUUUAAUGAUAGUAAAUAAUCAUGCAAAUUAAUAACCCCUUCUUUUUCUCUUUACCACCAAAACUAGCAAAAACACGUCAACAACUAUGAACCCCCAAUCACCAACCACAAGAUCACCACCACUACCACUACCACCCUCCUAUAGCAACAACCCCAACGACGAUGACAACGAUGAUGAUUUUCGUGACAUCCAUGCUCUAACACCGCCUUCUCACCCCCUGCCUCCUAGUCAACAACGUAUGUUUGAUGCUAAUAGCCGUCGAUCAUCCAACCUUUCCGUGGCAAGCGACAUCACCAACUCUAGUGAGAAUUUUACUACCAUGAGUAGGGAGUUCAACGCUCUUGUUAUAGCGGGGUCCACUAUUGAUCACAACGACUAUAGCACCAAUAGUAACCAAGUUGGUGGAAAUAACGGGUAUGGGUAUGGGAAUGGAAAUGGGAAUGAUUGGAAUAAUAAUAUAAGUUUAGAUAGGAUCGGAGAAGAGGAGGGGGAGGCCGAAGAGACUAAUCCGUUGGCUAUAGUGCCGGAUAUUAACCCUUUGCCUUCCCCUCCCGGAAGGCAAGGGAAUAGGAGUGAUUCAUCGUCAGGUCACCAUUUAAUGGGAUCGAGUAGUCGUAGUACUACUACCAAUAAUAAUAAUAACAGUAACAGUAAUAGUAAUAGUUAUAGUAAUAAUAGUAGUGGUGGGGAGAUGGCCAUACAUCAUGUAAAAAAAGAGGAGGUUGAAACAAAGAUCGCGGCAUGGCAAACCGCUAAGAUUUCGAAAAUAAACAAUCGAUUUAAGAGGGAGGAUGCGAUAAUUAGCGGAUGGGAGAAUGAACAAGUUCACAAGGCUUCUUCUUGGAUGAAAAAAAUUGAGAGAAAAUUGGAAGAGAAACGAGCAAAAGCAAUGGAAAAGACGCAAAAUGACAUAGCGAAAGCACGUAGAAAAGCCGAGGAAAGGAGAGCAUCAGCAGAAGGAAAGAGAGGAACCAAAGUGGCUAGGGUGCUUGAAGUAGCCAACUUGAUGAGAGCUGUUGGAAGACCACCAGCUAAACGCUCUUUCUUCUAAGCAUCCUUUCGUUAUUUUUAGAAUUUUUACAUGCUAUAAUUUGCAAUAUGAUAUAUAGAUAAUACUACAAAGUACAAAAUUUACUAGGCACUUAAAAAAGUGCUUUAGAAUCCUCUGUUUUUUGGAUACAGAGGUUUCCAAGUUUAAAAAACAUAUUAGUGUGGUGUGUUUCAAGAGGAAAUGCAAGCUAGCGUUUCUCUUUGUAAGCGUUUUGGGUUAUCAUGGUAAUGGUGCCUUGAGCCCUUGUACAGUUUUGUUGUUGUAAGUUACAAGGAAACUAAUGUACGAAGUAUGAUGCAUGUUUGCAAAUGAGAAUUAUGGUGUAUACAUGCUAGUUUUCA